AUGGCACGGCGAAAGCGCACAGAUACAGGCAAUGCCAGCACCCAGGGUGCAGCAGGCGUAUACGAGGCCAUGCUGGCCGAGGUCGGCGUGUCAAGGCAGCGGGAGGAGCAGCAACGCUCACCACACACCGGCCGUCCGCUAAAGAGGCGCCGCGCGGGCCAACAGCCCCAAGCAGAGGAUGCGGCCCUACAGCAGGCCGAACAUGACGAUGACGACGAUGACGACGAUGACGAGGCUAUCGAGUUCGAAGAUGUUUCCCUUCCAGCACCGACAGUGCAGACAAUGAAGGUGGAUUCGGACGAGGAAGACGACGACGAUGAGAACGUUCAAUUCGAGGACGUCGACUUCAUGGCACCGCUCAAGUCGACGGUAGCAGCGGCAGAUGGCAACCUAGAACUAGACCUUUCAACCGAAAAAGCAUCCCUGACAUCGGUAAGGAAAUCAACGGCCGAUCGGCGCAAGCCCAUGACCCGCGAGGAGAAGCAGCAGCGCAUCACCAUCCACCAGACACACGUCCUGUGCCUGCUCUUCCACGCCGCGCGGCGCAAUCAGUGGUGCAAUGACUCCGAAGUUCAGGAGCACCUGCGCCGCCGCCUAACGGACAAGACAGUGAUGUACCUGAACCCCGGGGCCAACCUGUCGCAGUUUGGUCGCUCCGAGAGCCUCAAGAACGGGCUGCGUCAGGCCGAUGCCAUGUGGAAAACGAGAUUCGAGAAGACAGAGCGGGGUCUGCGGCGUGCUCUCUGGGCCGAAGACGCCGAGCAACUACGGAAUUAUGAACCUCCGGAGGACAUGGACUCCUGCAUGGAUCGCGAAGACUUUAGGAACGCGGCCAAGACACUCCAAGGAUCGCGUGAUGUGGGCGCACAGCUCUACUGUGCCUUGCUCCGUAGCGCCGGCGUGAGGACGCGGCUGGUCUGUUCCCUUCAGCCUUUGACUUGGACAGCCGGGGCACCGACGCUCCCCAAGUCCAAGGCUAAAGGCAAGGCUAAAGCGGAGGCCAAGAAGGCCGAGAAGGGUGAACAGCUGCGCGCCUCGAUGGCGAAUUUCCAGGCCAGGUCUGUGGCAGCCAGGGCAUCGGUGGUGGCAGCAGCAGGCCCACCUACGGCACGCCGGCGGCUGGGUCACCCAGACGCGGCAUCGUACGGGUUCACAUCCGCCACGGCAACUUCAUCACCGUCAUCACCAGACCGUCGGUCAACAUUCGCGACGCCCAAGAACAUCCGCGAGUCAGCCUACCCCAUCUACUGGGUCGAGGUACUAGACGUCGGGCACCAGAAAUGGCAGCCCGUAGAUGCCGUGGUGACGCACAGCUUCUGGAAACCCCAUGUGUUAGAGCCGCCCGCGUCAGACAGGGAGAACUGCAUGACCUAUGUGGUGGCGUUCGAGGCCGACGGCACAGCCAAAGAUGUGACUAGACGAUACGCCAAGGCGUACACGGCCAAGACGCGGCGGCUACGGAUCGAGAGCGGCCUGGAAGACGGCGCAAGAUGGUGGCGGAUGGUCCUGCGGCCCUUUUCCCGACGACGGCGCGAGGACCUCGACCAGAUCGAGGACAACGAGCUGGCGGGCAUUGAGGCCAGAGAACCCAUGCCGCGCAACGUGCAGGACUUCAAGGACCAUCCCAUCUAUGCUCUGGAGCGACAUCUCCGGAGACACGAGGUGCUCGUCCCGGGGGCUACACCAUCGGGAACCGUGGGUGCGGGGGCCAGAGCCCCACUGGAGAAGAUAUACCGCCGCAGAGACGUGCGCGUGGCCCGCACAGCGGACAAGUGGUACCGCGCGGCGGGCCGGGUGGUGAAGCCCAACGAGAUACCAGCCAAGUGGCUGCCUCCCAAGAAGACGCGCGACCACGACGGCGACCGCAACAGUGCGGGGACGCCAAUCUACAGGUUGGAUCAGACGGAGCCGUAUGUGGCUCCGCCCGUGCGCAGCGGCCGGGUGCCGAAGAACAAAUUCGGCAAUAUAGACAUGUACGUCCCCAGCAUGGUGCCCCGCGGCGGCGUGCACGUGGACGAGGAGAACGCCGGGCGCGCGGCGUUCCUACUGGGCAUCGACUACGCGCCCGCGCUGACGGGCUUCUCCUUCAAGGGCAGGCAGGGCACCGCCGUGCUGCGCGGGGUAGUGGUGGCGGCAGAACACGAGAGGGCGAUGCGCGAGGUGCUGGUGGGGCUGUGCGACCUGGAGAGGGAGGCGGAGCUCGAGAGGCGCAAAGUCAGGGCGCUCAAAAGCUGGAGGAGGUUCCUCAUGGCGCUGCGGAUACGGGAAAGGGUGUGGGCUGGGGUGGAUGAGGGGGAGAGGAGGGAGGCUGAUCGGCAGGCCCUGGAAGGCCAUCGGGUUAACGGUAGCGGUGAUGGCGAUGAUGGUGAUUUCGAUGACUGUGGUUUGGAGGAUGCACAGAGCGACGUCACCGAAGAGUUCGACAUGGUUGCCGAUGAUGAGGACGGAGGGGGGUAUGUUGGAGAUGAUGCCGAGGAGUAUGGCGGGGGGGGGGGGGGGGGAUUCAUUCCUGAGUGA